AUGGCGACUACCGAAAGGCAUUCAAAAAAGGUUAAGCGCAAGCACAAUGCCUCGGACGAAGCGGUUAAAUCACCCAAGCCCGAAUUGAAUGAGUCUCCGGAGAAGCCCAAGAAGCAAAAGACCGCACACCGACCCGAGGAUGAUUCUGAAGAAGUGGCUGCGAAUGUGCUUGAAGAUGUGGUCGACCAAGCUCAAGAAAAUACGGAACAAGCGACCGAAAACCUUGUCGAGGGAGAAGGAAACGAACUUGAAGACCUGCCUUCCAACGCAGUUUCGCUACCUCAAACCGGCGAUUCGUUGCCAACAAAGUUCACCGAACUCAACCUCUCAGAUCGUACCUUGGAGGCCAUUAAGGAGAUGGGAUUCGAGACAAUGACCGAGAUCCAGCAAAGGGCCAUCCCGCCGCUGAUGGCUGGUCGCGAUGUUUUGGGUGCUGCAAAAACUGGAUCUGGAAAGACGUUGGCCUUUUUGAUCCCCGCAAUUGAGCUACUUCACAGCUUGAAGUUCAAGCCUAGGAACGGUACCGGGGUACUCAUCUUGUCCCCUACCCGAGAAUUAGCUCUACAGAUUUGGGGUGUUGCCCGCCAACUGCUAGAAAAACACUCACAAACGCAUGGAAUCGUUAUGGGAGGCGCCAAUCGCAGAGCCGAAGCUGAGAAAUUGGAGAAGGGCGUCAACCUCUUGGUCGCAACCCCUGGACGUUUGCUUGAUCACCUACAGAAUACGAAGGGCUUCGUAUUCAAGAACUUGCGUCAGCUCGUCAUCGACGAAGCGGAUCGAAUCUUGGAGAUCGGUUUCGAGGACGAAAUGAAACAAAUUAUGAAAAUUCUUGGCAGCGGAGAGCGUCAGACGUCACUUUUCUCAGCCACACAAACAACAAAGGUCGAAGAUUUGGCUCGUAUCUCCUUGAAACCCGGCCCGUUAUAUAUAAAUGUUGUACCACGAAUGGAAAACGCCACUGUCGAUCGACUAGAACAAGGAUAUGUCGUUUGUGACUCGGACAAACGGUUCCUCCUCCUUUUCUCAUUUCUCAAGCGAAACUUGAAGAAGAAGAUCAUUGUGUUUCUUUCCAGCUGCAAUUCGGUCAACUACUAUUCCGAGUUACUUAACUAUAUCGAUUUGCCGGUUUUGUCAAUCCACGGCAAGCAGAAGCAGCAGAAACGGACGUCUACUUUCUUCGAAUUCGUCAACAGUGAAAGAGGAAUCCUCAUAUGUACAGACGUUGCUGCUAGAGGCCUUGAUAUUCCAGAGAUCGAUUAUGUGGUCCAAUAUGAUCCGCCUGAUGACCCGAGAGAUUACAUACAUCGUGUCGGUCGUACUGCCCGUGGUGCCAAGGCCAAAGGCCGCAGUUUGAUGUUUUUGCAACCAUCCGAGAUGGGCUUCCUCACCCACUUGAAGGAGGCGAAGGUGCCUGUUGUGGAGUUUGAGUUCCCUCAGAAAAAGAUCAUCAAUGUCCAAUCACAGCUCAUCUCACAGAACUACUACCUCAACAAGUCUGCCAAGGAAGGUUACCGCUCCUAUCUGAAUGCGUACGCGUCACAUUCUCUCCGCUCUGUCUUCGACAUCAACAAACUUGAUCUCGUCAAGAUAGCAAAGAGUUUCGGUUUCUCGACCCCCCCGCGAGUUGACAUCACUCUUGGUGCGAGCAUGAGCAGGGAUAAAAAGGUGCAGGGAAGACGAGCCUAUGGAAGCCAGCCAAAGCAGGCAGCUCGAUUCAAGCGAAAGUAUGACGAAGGAAGUAGACUCGACAGCAAGCCCAGCCGGGCCAUCGUUGAAGAACGACGACUUUCCGAACAGGUUCGGGUGAUUGGAACGGAGCUUGAUCAGGGGUUCACUUGGGGUCUCGAGGAUGUAUCCUUUGUCCUUCAUCGCCUCGACGAGCGGGGUUUCUUUGGUCUUCCCUACACAGUUUAUGAUGGCAUCGACAUCUGGUACUCCGCUAACCUUUUCCCCCUUCUUAUUGCGGACACAAAGUGA